CACACACACACACACACACACACACACACACACAAAGACAAUUUAAAAGAAAGGUUGAUGUACAACGAACAAAAUAAAUAAUGGAUUAUAGACUAGAUUGACUGAGCAAAAUUGCAGCAAGUUUCUAGAGAUGAAACACAUGUACAGUAGCGAUCAGUGAAAGUAAAGUCUUUCGUAUUAUCUUUACUUGAGCAACAAAGAGCAUAAACCUGCAGAAGCAACUAGAAAAAGAGGUCAGUGUUGGUCAGCGUAGAUGAAAGAUGUUUCAUGCCAGGAUUGGCCUCAGCACCCUGUGAGCCAGAAGGGGAUUAAAUAAAGAAAAUAAGUGAAUGAGGCUGUCUGAAAGCAUGGCAGGCCAAUGCUUUCGAGAUUUGCUUGUUGGUAAACAGCACAUCUGUUUGCAGUAGAGGAAUGACUCAACAUUCACAAAGAAAUAAACAAUCUAUUAAUUCAUUUCUAUAGACCUUAUUCACAUGACGUCAUACCCUCUUCCGGGUUUGCUGAUUGGAGUGUAUCCCUCUGUGAAACUCCAUUGAGUUUGUAUGGGCCCAGUGGUGUUCCUAGCCUACAUGGUGCCCUGGGCGACAAGCCACUUUGGCGGUUAGAGAUCACAUAAAAUAAAAAGUAAAGUUAACAAAAACAGCAGUAACCCCAACCUCCAACUCCUAAUUUUUAUUUCCCCUCAUUUCCUCACAAUUAAAAGCAAAACCUAAUUUUAACUAGUUAAGAACAUAGGAUGUAUAUUAAAAUAGGAAGUUAAUGCAUACAUUUACUUUUUUUUUUUUUUUUUAAAUUAAAAAAAAUAAAUAAAUAAUAAAGAUAUAAGUACCAUACAUUCACAAAAAUAAGUACAGAUGACUUAUGCACAGUCAAUUUUGAAGAUCAGGCAAACAUUGACUUUUUAAAUAACUAAAUAAUAACUUAAGGAAAGAAAUAAGUAGCCUAAGACAAAUGAACAAAAAUAAGUCCAAAGUGCACAUUGACAGGGAAGAUGUUCUAAACCUCCCCAUCAGAGCAAAUAAAAUAAAUAAAUAAAAUAAAUAAGCCUCUUCAACUCUUUCCCUUCUCUUAAAGAUCUGAUAAAUUUUCUGUUGCAUUGCCCUUUUAUAUGCAUCAAUUCAACAAACAGGAACUGGGAAAUGCAGAACUGGAAAUAAAAGCAUGACCAGUUUUUUUUUUUUUUUUUUUUCUUUUUUAAGUGCCGCUCCAAAUAAAUUAAUCAAACAGCUAAGCAAUUAAACAACUUGAAGAAUUCUUAACAGAAAGAAUACAUAUGGCGGAAAACACUCAGGUGACUUCUGAAGUGACGACUGAAGUUCUGCUCUGAGACCCCCAACUUGGCCAAAUUUCUAAAUUGUCCUAUAUGCAUGCGUGAUACAUCAUUGGAAAGCUUAAAAUCUCAAUUUUCUUGGGGAAGAAAAUUUUUGAAGAGGAGGGCAUUUAAAAAAAAAAAGAAUUUAAACAGCAAAACCCUAACUGGAGGUGAGCGCACGCGAGAGCAUAAUUAAAGACGCCAUGAUUUUAACGAAAUAUUAUCGCAUACUUACCUCUUUUUGAUCCAAAAACUCCAUGUAGCAUGUAUCACUGAAUGUCAAGACAAGACACUGUUGUGAAUGGCAACAGCCAAAUUUUGCGGGUAUUUCACGGGUGAAACAUGAUAAUAUAACAAGGGUCGCAAUGCAGAAAUUGCAGACUUCAAGGUGUGGUCGAGAGUUUCAUUUUUAAAUAUUUUACCCUUUUAAACUUUUUCUUCCAAUUUUUCUUUGUUUGGAUCACUUAUUUAUCAUCUAUAAUAUUGGGGAAAAUGCGAUAGUAACGAUAAAAAUAAAAUUAAGCGAUACUACGAAUUUAGGCCUUUUUAAAUCUCGGUUAAAGACGCACCUUUUUAGACUCUCCUUUCCCCCAGAUUAGUGUAGCCUGGUUUUAUUUCUUAAGGGUUUUUAAUAUGUUAUGAUUUUUAUCAGUUUUAUUGUUUUAUUUGCUGUCUGACUAUUAAUGUGAUGCGUUGUUUUGUUUCUUUUCUUUUUUUUUCUUAAUAUCAUUGUAUAACACUUUCCUGCCUUUAAUUUACUAUGAGCCAUGUUUGUCUUAGUUGUAAAGCAGUUUGGGGACCUUUCGGGUUUUGUAAAGGGUUAUAUAAAUACAUUUGAUUGAUUGAUAGUUAUGAGGUAGAUAUCCGUGAUUUUUUUACAGAUGCUAUUUUUUUCAUUGUGACGUAAUUUGUUUAAAAGUUUAAAAUUUGCAAGUGAAUAAUUUUUUAAAGUCGUUUUUUUUUUUUUUUUUUUAAACUAAAUAUUAGACAUCAUUUAAUGAUUCUACGCUAAAAAUGACAGACAUUUCAAAUAAUAAAUACGAUUAUGUACCUUCUUUUUAUGGCUAGGUUGAAAGGAAAGCGGUUGCGCGACGUCUGUAAACAGGGGUUUCCAGGGUAAAACGAACAAAUUAAAAAUAGUUCGGGGACUUAAUGAGCCAUGAACCUGCAAUGGCAGCAUAUAGACAUAUUGUUUUAUCAAACACAACAAUUCUUUUGGCUUAAAGUACAGCAGUUUAUUUUAAAGAGGGGUGCAAGAGCAGAAACUGCUUUUUCAUCUUUGUCUGUGUUUUCCGCCAUAUACAUUAUAUAACUAGAACAAAUAUUCAAGUAAAAAAACAAAACCAAAAAAAAGAUUAUUUGCACAUUAAGAAUCAAAGUCAAUCAACCCUAGGUGAGUGGCACUGUUAACUGAUCGAAUAACUCUUCCCACCUCCUUCUCCUUUUGGCGCGUGCAGACAGUAACUGCGCUCUGCAGAGGGGAUCUUUGCAACACUAGUGGCGCCAAUUAUAAUAGUAGACAACCACUCGCGUGCACCUUGCGUGCAUGCGCCCCUAGCAAUUUGCCGCUCCGGGCGACCGCCCAACCCGACCGUUCCAGGAAUCACCAGUGUAUGGUCCAUCAAGCUCUACAACAGGGGUGACAAACCGAUUUCACACAAGGUUUCAGUUGGUCCUGGUUUUUGUUCCAACAGAUCCAGCACAGACAGAUCAACCAAUGAGGUUUCUGCUAAAACAAGCAGCACCUGACUGCAAUCAACUGAUUACACUUGUAAAAUACCAGAUUGGUGAAAAGGCAUUCAUCUCAUUCGGUUGAAAUGGAAUCCAGCACCCACUGCGGCCCUUUGACGACCGGUUUGACACCCCUGCUCUGCAAGGAAAAAACAUUCAAUUUCGACAGGUGUAAUGAAGAUUAAUAUUGUUUACGACAAGGCGAUAUGUUGUCUUGCCAAAUGUAUUGUGGUGAGCGACGUGGAGAAGAAUGAGAGAGACAGUUUUUAUAUUUCACACUUGCUGUUCUUGUGCCACAUACAUCGCAUGAUAAUCUUCUUCUCUACAAAACUGAUUCCUGGGAUGUCUGGCAUGAAUCCCAGUCUUUAAGUCAUGCCACAGCAUCUGAAUGGGGUUCAAGUCUGGACUUUGACUUGGCCACCCCAGAACGUGUAUUUGGUUCUUCUGAAACUAUUCUGAAGUUGAUUUACUUCUGUGAUUUGGAUCAUUGUCUUGUUGCAGCAUCCAUUCUGAUUUUAGCUUCAACUGUCUGACAGAGGGCCUCAGGUUUUACUGCAAAACAUCCUGAUAAACCUUUGAAUUCAUUCUUCCAUUAAUGAUUGCAAAUUGUCCAGGCCCUGAGGAAGCAAAACAGGCCCAAAUCACGAUGCUCCCUCCACCAUGCUUCACGGUGGGGAUGAGAUGUUGAUGUUGGUGAGUUGUUCCAUUUUUCCUCCACACAUGACGUUGUGUGUUACUCCCAAACGAUUCCACUUUGGUUUCAUCAGUCCACAAAAUAUUUGGCCAAAACUUCUGUGGGAUGUCCAAGUGCCUUUUUGCGAACAUUAAAUGAGCAACUAUGUCCACCCAUGGACACCAUUCAUGGCCAUAGUUUUACAUGUAUUUGAUGUGUGCACACAGAUAUUGGACUGUGCAAGUGAUUUCUGUAAGUCUUUGGCAGACACUGUAGGGUUCAUUUUUUUUUACCUCUCUGGUAUUCUGUGCUGAACUCUUGGCAUCAUCAUUGGUGGAUGGCCACUCCUUGGGAGAGAACCAACGGUGCCAAACUCUCUCCAUUUGUAGACAACUUCUCUGACUGUUGAUUGAUGAACAUCCAGACUUUUAGGGAUGGUUUUGUAUCCUUUCCCAGCUUUAUACAAAUCAACAAUCCUUGAUCGCAGGUCUUCAGACAGCUCUUUUGACCGAGCCAUGAUGCACAUCAGACGAUGCUUCUCAUCAAGACAAUCCGUACUAGGGGUGUGUUUUAUUGUGGGCAGGGCAGCUUUAAACCACUCACCAGUGAUUUGGCACACACCUGACUUAAAAUGUUUGGUAAAAAUUGGUUUCAAUUGCUCUUUAAGUCUCCUUAGGCAGAGGGUUCACUUAUUUUUCCCCAUUUUGUCAUCAUUUGCACGUUAUCCUCAUUAAAAUAUGAAAACCUAUAAAUGUUUGGGCGGUUUAGUUAAAGCACACCAUUUUUACAUCUGUGUGAUUUUGACAAAGAUCAGAUCACAUUUGAUGGUGAUUUAAUGCAGAAACGUGAUAAUUUCCAAAAGGUUCAGAUUCUUUUUCAUUCCACUGUAUACAGCAUGACGUGCAGUUACACAUUUAAGCUAAAAUGAUAACACAAGAAAUCCUUUAUUACAGUUACUUUCAAGAAUUAUUUCACUAUUCUAUUAUUCUACUAUUCUAUCAGUAUUCGAAAAUAAUAAUAACAACAAAAAUAAAGCUGUGAUACAUCACUAGCAUUGGUGUAUUGCAUCAAUUCCCAGGCGAAUUUAAGAUCAUUUCCAAAUGGUAACGUAUAAAACAUUAUCAAGACAAACGGACAAAAAUAUUCUUAUGAACUUGUACCUUUCGAACUGAAAUUAAUUUUGUUGGAUUAUGGAGCAGUGCACACAAUCAUGAUUGAAGAAAUACUGAAGAUACACUCCUAUCGCUAACCUGGAAGUAAUCCGGAAUCCAUGUGAAUAGAUCUUAUGCUUAACUCUUUUGCUACUAUCUGCCACUUCUCCCAGUACAACUGAAUUUGAUGUUCUAGUGCGGUCACUGGCAAUGAAUCAGUUAAACAUGAAUUGAACCAUACGUUCUCAUUUGAUCUUUCUAAUUUAUUUGAAUACAGUCCAAUAAAGUCUUCAUUUGUUUGUAUUAGGGUUGUGGUAAGUGUAAAAAAUGAUCGGCAUAUCAAUAUUUAAACGUAUGUGAGAUGUUUGAUUGCAAAAGUUUCGUAUUGGCCUAUAAGACGGUGUUUUUUGCAUUGAUAUAAGAAAAAGAGGGGGUUGUCUUAUAUUCGACAUAUAGACAUUAUACCCAUUCACGACGCUAGAUGGCGCCAGAUAUUGAAGUGAUGUUCUGUCAUGACAGAUCUCAGCUACUCCCAAGUUUAACCAGUUUGUAUUAUUUUAUUGCAAUGUUUUUCCUUAUUCAAAUUUGAUCAAGACUAGUUACAGUUAGACUUCACUUUGAUGGCUAAUGCAGUUAUUGCAAUUUUGUUGUUUUAUCACAAUAGAUUGGUUUAUUUACAUUUCAAAAACCAGAAGCCAUUCAUUUACGAAUGUGAUUGCACUUUAGUACACAUAUUUAAAUGUUCAGAUAUUAAGAUUUGAAUGAGGCAAAAUAACAUGCUUUUUCUCUCAAAUAUAUUGUCAUUAUCAAUUGUUUCGGAUGUACUGUAAUUAAUUUGGUUUUCAAAAAGUUUUUUCAAACUUGAGUCUUGAAAAAGAGGGGGUCGUCUUAUAAUCAGGGCCGUCUUAUAUUCGUUCCAAUAUGGUAUUAGUACUCAGUUAUUUGUUUUUGCACCACCACAGGUCACCAGAAAUGUGUUAUCAUGGGGUAAACUUGAUUUUUCACUGCUCUUGAUAGUAAUAGUAAUACAGGAUAUCAUUGGCUGGCCCAUUGACGACGCUAGACAUAUUUUUACUGGGAAGAGCGAAUAAAUGAAUGUUACAGUGUAUCACAAAAGUGAGUACACACGUUGCAUUUCUGCAGAUAUUUAUCUUAUCAUGGGACAACACUGACAAAAUGACAGUUUGACACAAUAAACAGUAGUCUGUGUCCAGCAUAUAUAAUAGAGUUAAUUUUGAUUGUGUAUCAUAUUGACUCUGCAAAGCCCUCUGAGACAACCUUGUUGUGAUAUAGGGCUAUACAAAUAAAAUUGAAUUGAAUUAAUUUAUUUUCCCACUCAAAAUAACUAAAAAAAUAGCCAUUAAUAAUUAAACCCCUGGCAAUAAAAGUGAGUACACCCUUUGGAAACUACGUACAUUCCUAAAUGUCCAAAUUGAGAACUGCUUGUCAUUUUCCCUCCAAAAUGUCAUGUGACUCGUUACAGGAGUGCUGUCAGCAUUGCUGCAGAGAUUGAAGAGGUAGGGGGUCAGCCUGUUAGUGCUCAUACCAUACGCCGCACUCAACAUCAAAUUGGUGUGCAUGGCUGUCACCCCAGGAGGAAGCCUCUUCUGAAGAUAAUUUUGGGCAAUUACAGGUCUCUUCCUGUUGAUUUUGGGUCACAUAUGGUCCGUUUUGGUGUAUUUCACUGGCACUUUCUGCACAUUUUACAUACUUUCCUGUCCAUUUUGGGAUAUUUCCAGGUCAGUUUCUGAUGAUUUUGGGACCAUCCCAUGUCACUUCCCGUACAUUUUGGCCAAUUUGAGGAAGGUUUUGUUGGUCAAAAAUAAUGACCACUAAUGGAUAAAACUGAAACAGCUAACAUUUAAUUUGUUUUUUAAAUUUUAUUUAUGUAGUAUUGAAAAUGGUAUUGAGUAUUUUUUUGAGUUGCGAUAUCAACUUGAAAUUUUUUUUUUCACAAUAUUUUCUAUUUCAGAUUUUUAGUACCCGACUGAAAAGAUGUACUGGUCCUUGGACAUACUGCCGUUGCCUCCUAUUGUUGAGCUUGGCGUCCACUCAUUGAGCGGCCUUCUGUGGACACUACUGCUGUUGUUCCUGUGGCACUGUUAUCGGAUUGGCUCCGACCUUCCAAUGGCGGUUCAUGCCCACGGGGCAAAGAUGGGUUCAAUAAGGUCUGCGAGGUCUCUUGGCGGAACCUGGCCAAGGACAAAGUAUAAAGCACAGUCUAAGCUUUACAGAAGUGAUCAAAAGAAAAUGUUUAUAAGCAUGGAAACAGAAGAAGAUGAGGAGGAACAAGACUACCUCACCCCAGUGCUGAGACAUGCCAAGUUCCCGUCGCAGGCAUCUGCUCAGGCCAAAAAACUGUACUCAGCCCUGCAAGAGUAUGCCAAACGCUACAGCUGGGUGGGAAUGGGCCGCAUUCAUAAAGGCCUUCGUGAGCAGAUCAAGCUGAAUGAUCACUCAACUAUACAGAAGCCGCAUCUUUUCUUCCUGCCAGAUGUUUUAAGUGUUCCUUUUUUCCCACGCGAUGCCCAUCGACAUGAUAUCGAAGUCUUGGAAACAAAUUACCCUGUAAUCUUGGCUGAGUUUCAGGCCGUUUACAAAAGAGGCAUUGACACCAAAUUCGGCUGGACCGGAAUGGGAUCAAAGGGCCAGGCAGUAUUUCCACUGUACAGUGCAGGUGUGUACGUGGCAGCCAACUGUCGCUCCUGUCCUUGCACGUACCGGACACUGCUGUCCCUCCGCACAUUUAUCAGCAGCAACUCCUUAGGAUCGGCUGGAUUUUGGUUGCUGGGACCUGGCGCUGCAUUGGGGAGCUCUUAUGGACCCACUAAUACCCGGCUUCGCUGUCAUCUAGGCCCCCCAGAAUCUGGCCCUCGAGUGAUUCUCUGUGUAGACGUCUGGCAUCCCAAUGUGGCUGCAGCUGAGAGACAAGCGCUGGACUUCAUGUUUAGUCCUGAUCUCUGAGCAGUUCAUCCGCACUCACCCCUGAACUCUGCUAGUUAUGCAACGUGAGGGGGAGCCUUACGUUUUGCACAUUCCACCAUUGUGUAUGAGUCACUGUGUGCAUUAGCCUUAAAAAUCAUAUUGGUCACUUUAUGCACUUUUGACCACGAAUGCAUUUAUGACUGACAAGAGAAUAUAUUAUUACUGGUGAACAUUGGCUUUUAUAAACAAUAUACAUUUCUUGGUGAUAUAAGGAUACCUGUUUAAUGUCCCGUCUAAUCCUCAUGUUGGAAUAUAUUCUCACAAAGUUUGCAUGUGUACAUGACACUGCAUGUUUAUUGUUGGUGCAUAUGUCACUUACAUCGGUAACUCGGGAACUUGUAAAAAAAAAAAAAAUAAUAAUAAUAAAACAUCUAAAUUUCAACUCUUAUUGUUUGAAAAUGUGUGAAUAUUUCGUACAUUAUAUUUUGAUUACACUGGAAAGUGAAUGUUUACAUAAAGAUGGUGCGGAGAGUUUUUGUGUGAACAUAAAUCAUAGACUAUAAAUUAAAAAAGAAUUAUUUCCAGACUGACCACUGAUGGAGAAACAAAUUUGCACUCCCACAGCACAUUACUGACUCAGUUCUACUCUGCUAGUGUUAUGACGGCAAGCCGUUAUUGUGGAUCCAAAAACACAGACCAGGAGAUCAAUAGAGCAAAUGUUUGUGUUUAAUUAGUAUAACAAAGGGCGCACGCUAGAAAGCGCGGAUAUAACAAGUACAACUUAGGACGCACGCUAGAAAACGCGGAUAUAACAAGUACAACU